AUGGGCGGUCACCGUCGAGAUCAAUCCGAUUCAACAAUGCCCCUUCGAUCAAAUGCCGAUUUUAUCGGACCUGAGUCUCAAGAAUUACAGGUGCGCGCGAGUUCCUCAGAGAACUCGUUAUCGGCGAAUGGGGGAAUCGCCAUCACAAUUGAUCCAACCGAUCCCGAUCAUCGAUCUCAUCUCCAUCACAAAGAACAUAUGAACGAACCCCGACAAUCGGAAGCGUUGAAGACGGUGAUCGCCUUUUUUUGCUUAACGAUCUCAGCUUUUCUGAACUUUUUCCUAUUGACGGUGAUUCAUGAUAUCGUUCCCCGUGAACCCCUCCCAGACAUCGUUUUUCUCACAAUUCCCCAACAAAGAUGGGCAUGGAGUGUAGGAGAUGUGCUGUCGACGUUGAGCUCUAUUGUCGCAUUCACCGUUGUCCUUUUGCAUCGUGAUCGAUGGGUGAUUUUAAGGAGAAUGUUCCUUCUUGGCGCAAUUCUUUAUGGAUUGAGAGCCGUGAUUUUGGGAGUCACCUUUUUACCUCCAUCAUUCCAUAACAGAGAUCAAAUCUGUCAACCACAAGUCAACCGAACGGCUAUGUAUGGGGUGGAGAUCGCGACGAGAUUCCUCACCUACGUGGUCACUCUGGGGCUGACCUCUGGUCAGGACAAGAUCCUCUGCGGUGAUCUCAUGUUCUCCGGGCAUACUGUUGUUCUCACCAUCAUGUACUUCGUCCAACUACAGUACACCCCAAGAGGGCUCGUCAUCUUACGCUAUAUUGCGGCUCCGAUCACUUUCCUCGGCAUCGCCGCUUUGGUCGUUUCGGGUGGCCACUACACGAUGGACGUUUUAAUAGCCUAUUGGUUAACAUCACACGUCUUUUGGGGAUAUCAUCAAAUGUUCGAAAUGCCGAAAGUGCAAAGGCCGCACGCACCGAUGAGUCGACUAUGGUGGUUCUGGCUGUGUUACUGGUUCGAGAGCGAUGUGCCCGAUGGCCAACUGGAGAAUAUUUGGGAUUGGCCAUUCCCAGGGCCCGAAGGAGCACGGAGAUUCAUGGAAAAACUCAACCAUCGCCUACAG